AUGGAACGUGACAGUGAAAUUGCCGACACGAAGUCCAUCGAUCAAGAUGCACUGGACAUCCUUGCUUUAGGCUACGAGCAGGCAUUUUCACGGAAGUUUAAUAUUUACAGCCUCUUGGCGCUUGCAUUCUGCGUUCUAGGGUCAUGGGGGGCCAUAUCCAGCGAUCUCGCGACCGGGUUCAGCAGUGGAGGUCCUGUCAUAAUUCUCUGGGGACUGGCGUUGGUUGCACUAUGCAACCUUUGCGUGGUGUUGUCCCUAGGGGAGCUUUGCAGUAGCAUGCCAACGUCUCUAGGGCAGGCAUACUAUAUUUUCAAUCUCUGCGACAGUUCAACCGGAAGGUUCUUCUCCUAUAUGUGUGCCUGGAUUAAUGUCUUCGGGUGGUGGACUGCAACUGCAACACUAGUUGCUUUUAAUACCAACUUCCUCCUGGGGAUGAAGCUUAUGUUUGACCCAGAUUGGAAUGGAAUCAAUCAAGGGUGGGUUAGCUUCGUCGUUUAUGUCGGCUUAUCCUUGAUGAUAACCGUCGUGAAUGUUGUUGCUUGUCGGAGGGACCCCAUCCUUCCCUGGCUGAAUAACAUAAUGGGCGUCGGCUUUGUUGCGCUCUUUGCAGUAUUUUGCAUUACUUUCUUGGUGUCUGUCUCGUCAAAUCCUAACCUAUCCUUUCAGGCACCAAGUUUUGUGUUCGGUAAUUGGACAAACGAAACUGGAUGGAAUAAUGGCGUCACUUGGUUCUUGGGUCUUUUACAAUCUGCAUAUGGUCUCACAGCAUUCGAUUCCGUCAUUCAUAUGGCUGAAGAGAUUCCUGAUCCUCGUCGGAACGUCCCAAAAGCGAUGUACCUUGCAAUUAUCUCUGGGGCAGGAACCGGUUUCGUAUUCAUGGUGAUCUGUCUCUUUUGUCUCCAAAAUGAGGCCGCUAUCGCCGAUUCGCCCUCCGGUUUACCUUUUAUUGGACUCGCGCAACAAAUAGUUGGUCUCAAUGGAGCAGCAGCUCUCGUUGCACUCUUCACCAUCAUCUGCAUCGGACAGAAUGUUAGCGUUGCCACAACAGCAUCUCGCAUGACAUGGGGGUUUGCACGGGAAGGUGGUUUCCCAUACAGCAGAUACCUCGCUCAUGUAGAUCCAUACUGGAAAUCGCCGGUUCGGGCAACAUGGGCACAGGGUAUAAUCACUGCCGCGAUCGGGGUUUUAUACUUGUUCUCUACGACUGUUCUACAGGCGAUCGUCAGUGUCAGUAGCAUUGCUUUGAUGAUAUCCUAUGGUAUGCCGAUAGCUACACUUCUUCUUGUUGGAAGAGAAAAAUUAUCUCCUGGCCCAUUCAGACUAGGAAAAUGGGGGAAGGUACUCAAUUAUAUCAGUGUCGUGACUUGCACGGUUGUUUCAGUCUUUUUCUUUUUUCCAGGCACCCCGAAGCCUACUGGAGGUGAUAUGAACUAUGCUAUUGCAGUUUUCGGGGUAAUGUUGGUUAUUUCGCUGAUGUUUUGGUUCAUAAAGGGCCGUCAGACAUUUUUCAAGAUUGAGAUUGAAUGA